UGGCGUUGACACUAAUGUUUCCCGCUAUUUCCUGUCUCUUUCUUUGAUUCUUCUAAUUUAUGUGAAACACUUUUCGUUUUCCUUGUUUUUGACAUUCUUUCAUCAUCUCAAAGCAGAUCGGAGUCAGGUGGCAGCACAAGUCGGAUAACUUCUUGUUCUCUUGUUGAGUGUCCCUUCAUGACAUCUGAAAAAAGCCAGCAAGAGCAAGUGACGUGUCUCUGAAUGAUCUGCUCUCGAGUAUUUAUUGAGAAUCGUGAAGUAUUGGAUUGUAUGCAAUAAAAUUCAGUACAAAUGUUAACAAAAUUCGAGACUAAGUCCGCACGAGUGAAGGGACUGUCGUUUCAUCCUAAACGGCCAUGGGUCUUAGCCAGUUUACACAAUGGAGUAAUCCAACUGUGGGACUACCGGAUGUGCACGCUUCUCGAAAAAUUCGACGAGCAUGAUGGUCCAGUCCGAGGAAUUUGCUUUCACAAUCAGCAACCACUAUUCGUCUCUGGAGGUGACGACUACAAGAUUAAAGUAUGGAAUUACAAACAACGUCGUUGUAUCUUCACCCUCUUGGGUCACCUGGAUUACAUAAGAACAACUUUCUUCCACCACGAAUAUCCGUGGAUUCUGAGUGCCUCCGACGACCAGACAAUUCGCAUCUGGAACUGGCAGAGCCGUGCCUGCAUCUGUGUUUUGACUGGACACAAUCAUUACGUCAUGUGCGCACAAUUUCACCCAUCAGAAGACAUGAUUGUAUCAGCAUCUCUCGAUCAGACCGUGCGAGUGUGGGAUAUUUCUGGUUUGAGAAAGAAAAAUGUAGCGCCAGGGCCAGGCGGUCUCGAGGAUCAUCUCAGGAAUCCUGGAACAACGGAUUUGUUCGGACAAGCUGAUGCAGUUGUCAAGCAUGUCCUAGAGGGACACGACAGAGGAGUAAACUGGGCAUGCUUUAACCCAACAUUACCGCUGAUUGUCUCUGGGGCUGACGACCGACAAAUUAAAAUGUGGCGAAUGAAUGAUCUGAAGGCAUGGGAGGUGGAUACAUGCAGAGGCCACUACAACAACGUCUCUUGCGUGCUCUUCCACCCACGCCAAGAUCUCAUUCUCUCCAACUCCGAAGACAAGAGCAUCAGAGUCUGGGACAUGGCGAAGAGGAGUUGUUUGCAAACGUUCAGACGGGAGCACGAGAGAUUCUGGGUACUUGCAGCUCAUCCUACGUUGAAUCUUUUUGCUGCAGGUCAUGAUUCUGGCAUGAUUAUCUUCAAAUUGGAGAGAGAACGCCCGGCUUAUGCUGUCCAUGGCAAUUUGCUGUACUACGUUAAGGAACGAUUCUUGAGGAAACUCGAUUUUACAACGUCCAAGGACACCUCGGUUAUGCAGAUUCGGGGAGGAGGAAAGACACCUUCGUACAGCAUGUCUUAUAAUCAGGCUGAAAAUGCUAUUCUCAUUUGUACAAGAUCAGCGUCGAAUAUCGAGAACAGCACCUAUGAUUUGUAUGUGAUCCCGAAGGAUGGAGAUUCCAAUAACGAUCCUGAAACCAAGAGGGCUCCAGGAGUCACUGCUAUUUGGGUAGCACGUAAUCGAUUUGCUGUGUUGGAUAGAGGACAUUCACUGGUGAUUAAAAACUUGAAGAACGAGGUAACAAAGAAAGUGCAAAUUCCGAACUGCGACGAGAUCUUCUACGCCGGAGCUGGAAUGCUUUUAAUCCGCGACGCUGAUCAAGUUAUUCUUUUCGACGUUCAGCAAAAACGUCAGCUCUCCGAAGUAAAAAUUUCGAAAUGUCGAUACGUCGUCUGGUCUAAUGAUAUGUCCCACGUGGCUCUGCUGGCAAAGCACACAGUCACCAUUUGCAAUCGCAAACUACAGUCCCUCUGCUCUAUAUCCGAGAAUACCAGAGUCAAAUCAGGUGCUUGGGACGAUUCAGGAGUAUUCAUUUACACAACGAGCAAUCACAUCAAGUACGCCAUCAACACCGGGGACCAUGGAAUUAUCAGGACACUUGAUCUACCAAUUUACGUGACUCGAGUGAAGGGGGACCAGGUUUACUGUUUAGAUCGCGAAUGCAGGCCCAGAAUUCUGAGGAUUGAUCCAACAGAGUAUAAAUUCAAACUGGCUCUUAUCAAUCGAAAGUACGAGGAGGUCCUACACAUGGUAAGAACGGCAAAUUUAGUGGGUCAAUCUAUCAUCGCAUAUCUCCAGCAGAAAGGCUAUCCAGAAGUGGCAUUACACUUCGUAAAGGACGAGAAAACGCGCUUUGGACUAGCCCUUGAAUGUGGAAAUAUCGAGGUUGCUCUGGAAGCAGCAAAAAGCCUCGACCAGAAGACGUGUUGGGAGAGCCUGGCACAAGCAGCAUUACUCCAGGGCAAUCACCAAGUCGUUGAAAUGUGUUAUCAACGAACGAAAAAUUUUGAGAAGCUUGCCUUCCUCUACUUAAUCACCGGAAAUCUCGACAAAUUAAAGAAGAUGACUAAAAUCGCUGAGAUCAGAAAGGAUUACUCUGGACAGUACCAGGGGAAUCUUCUUCUCGGUGACAUAUACGAACGUGCCAAGAUCCUGAAAGACUGUGGUCAGGCUUCCCUUGCGGCUGUUACCAAAAAGCUCCAUGGGAUUUCCACGGAGGAUGAUGAACUCGAAACGGAACUCAUAGAAGAGAUGAGUGACCUUGAGCGUGGAGCAGUGUAUCUGCGGCCACCAGUACCUGUUCAGCAAGCAGAGAACAAUUGGCCUCUGCUGACAGUUUCGAAAGGAUUCUUCGAGGGUGCGAUGAUGGCUCGAGGAAAGAGUCAAGUGGCUGCAGCUCUGGCUGCUCUCGACACCGAGGAGGACGUAGUAGCUGGUGAAGGCUGGGGUAAUGAUGAUGAAUUGGGAAUGGAUGAUGAAGAGGGUGGAGAAGGGGUAGAGACUGGAGCAGAUGGCGAAGAGAAUGCAGGGUGGGAAGUGGAAGACGUUGAUCUCCCACCGGAGCUCGAGACAACCGUUUCUGCAGCUCAAGAUGGAUAUUUUGCAGCACCAACUAGAGGAGUCCCUGCUACCCAACACUGGGUAAAUAAUUCACAAUUACCGGUGGAUCAUAUCGUUGCUGGAUCCUUCGAAACAGCCUUCAGGCUCCUCCAUGAUCAAGUGGGAGUUACAAAAUUUGAGCCGUAUCAGGCGCAUUUCUUGAAUGCUUUUGCUCGAUCCAGGACGAGCUACUCGUCCCUUCCAAGCAUUCCUUCUCUCUACGCGUAUCCCCAGAGAAAUUGGAAGGAUAAUAUGGUGAAACAUGGACUUCCGGCUCUUGGCCUGCAUCUCACUGAACUUGUUCAGAGGUUACAGCUCUGCUAUCAAUUAACGACGGGUGGUAAAUUUGUAGAAGCCAUCGAAAAACUUCAAGCGAUUCUUCUCAGCGUACCACUGCUGGUUGUUGAGACGAGGCAGGACUUCGCAGAGGCACAACAGCUUAUUCACAUUUGCCGGGAGUAUAUCCUGGGUUUGAAGAUGGAAUCUGAGAGGAAAAAUGCCCCCAAGACGACAUUAUCUGAGCAGAAGAGAGUCUGCGAGAUGGCUGCGUACUUUACGCACUGCAAUCUUCAACCUGUUCAUCAAAUCCUGACUCUCAGAACUGCUGUUAAUAUGUUCUUCAAAUUGAAAAAUUACAAAACAGCGGGAUCAUUCGCUAGGAGGCUCCUCGAAUUGGGUCCCAGAGCGGAAGUGGCGCAGCAAGUUAGAAAAAUCCUCCAAGCAUGUGAUAAAAAUCCAGUCGACGAGCAUCAGCUGCUUUAUGAUGAGCAUAAUCCAUUUUCACUCUGUGCUGCCACUUAUUCGCCAAUUUACCGUGGAAAACCUGAGAUCAAGUGUCCUCUGUGUGGGGCUAGUUAUCAGCCGCAAUUUAAAGAUUCUCUCUGUCGAGUGUGCGAUGUAGCGCAGAUCGGCAAAGAAUGCAUCGGACUCAGAAUAAGCUCAUUACAAUUUCGAUGAAUGAUUUGAAUAUUUGAUAUUUUUAUGUAUCCAGAGGAACGCAGGCAAAAGUAUUCCGAAUUUCUCAUAAAUAUUAAGAUUAUUUUAUAUUGCAGUUUCGAGAAGGAUCUUCAUUGCUUGUUCAUCAUUCCGUUAAGAGUUUAUUCAAUAAAGCAUUCAAGUAAUUAUGGAA